AGUGUGUAUUCAGCAGACUCUAGUUAAACUCUAAUACAAAGGCUUCACAGGACGGAGCAUGCAGGGAGGCUCUGAGUGUGGAAUAGAUUUCCUACAGAAUCUAUUUUGUGUAUAAAUGAAGUGGUCUCCCUCCUCUUUUACCUUUCAGAAUGGUGGGACUCUCAUCUACUACUGUUGAGGCCAUGGAGGUGCUGGUGAGUGAACUGGGGUUGCUGCUGAGGAUGCUUGACCAGGAGAACCUCAGCUCUUCCACUCAAGAAAAGAAGACCUCAGUGCGGAACCUCCUGCAACAGAUCCAGCCAUCAGUGUCGGGAACAGACUACAUCUACAUGAACUCGUCGGUGUACAGAAACGGCACAAGCUUUGUGGAGUCUCUCUUUGACACGUUUGGUGCGUUUGAGUUCCAACAUGACUGUGAGCUUGGAGACCUAAAGGAUGUUACAGAUGUUCUCACAGAAGACAAGAAAGCAGAAAAAGACACUUUAAAACAGAGCUGUGCAGACUCCCCUGCCCCACACUCAGAUGACUCCCCUCCCCCUCUGCCCACAACGCCUCCUCCUGAGGAGUACUAUGAGGAGGCAUUACCUCUUAGUCCUGGCAAGAUGCCUGAGUACAUAAUCACACGAGUCCGACCCAGUCCUCCCAACUCAAUAGAAGAUGGCUAUGAAGACACUGAAAACCACUAUCCAACAACCUGCAUAAAUUCUCACCGCAAAAACUCUUACAACGACUCCGAUGCCUUGAGCAGUUCCUACGAGUCCUACGAGGAAGAUGACGAAGAGAGGAACACUGGUGUCCGACUCACUCAUCAGUGGCCCUCGGAUGAGAGCUCCAUGCCUCCCGCCAGGGACUGUCGCAUUUGUGCCUUCCUGCUGCGUAAGAAGCGCUUCGGCCAGUGGGCCAAACAACUCACUGUCAUACGGGAGAACAGACUACAGUGUUAUAAGAGCUCUAAGGACACCUCCCCCUAUGUGGACCUUCUUUUGCCCCAAUGCACUGUAGUCUAUGUUCCUAAAGACAGCAAGAGAAAGCACCAUGAGCUAAGGUUCACUCUACCUAACGGAGAUGCACUGGUGCUGGCCGCGCAAAGCAAGGAGCAGGCUCACACAUGGCUUACGGUUGUUAGAGAGGUGAGCGGUCAGAGCGUAAGACCUGAGGAACCUUCAUCUCCUGUCACAUUGAGAAAAAAUGAACUUGACAAGAGGUUAUCCGCAGAGAGGAACACGUCCGAUUCAGACAGUAUUGGUGUGUCAGCAGUAGAGAACAGCAGAGAGAGCGGAAAGGUGAAACGGGGCGCUUUCGCUGCAGGCCGUAAGAUCACACGUAUCAUCAGUUUCUCCAAGAAGAAGCCCCCUCGACCAGGAGAGUCCAGGACAGCCUACAUCGACCCCCGACAAGGCCACCUGUCUUUGCUGGUGAGUCAGGUGUGGCGUGAGCAGUGGUGCUGUGUGUGCAGAGGCUCCCUGCACUUUUACUACGACAGAGGGGACCCCCGGAUGUCCCUGCCCUCUCUUCCUCUUAAUGGCUGCGAGGUAGUCCCAGGUCUUGGACCCAAGCACCCCUUUGCCUUCCGUAUUCUGCGAAACAGCACAGAGGUGGCUGCUCUGGAGGCGAGCAGCUCUGAGGAGCUUGGACGUUGGCUCGGGAUCCUCUUGGCAGAAAUGGGCUCUGCUACAGACCCGGAGUCUCUGCAUUACGACUACGUUGACGUGGACACUAUUGCUAACAUUCGUGACGCUGCACGACAUUCCUUCCUGUGGGCUACCUCCUCCAGCAGUACCUCCACGGAUUCCAGAACAUAUGAUGAGGUCCCUAAUGAGGACACGCAGUCAAGGGAGAGCCACAAGCAGCAAUCUGGAAAUCAAGUGAAGCGACGCUCGAGUUUCUCAAGCAGUGACUCCGACAGAACCAAGCCAUUAGUCUCCCUCAAGCGAUCGGGCUCAAAUGCCAACCAGUAUGGAAAGUAUGGGAAAACACGAGCGGAGGAGGAUGCCAAGCGCUACCUAAGAGAAAAAGAGGAGCUAGAAAGAGAGCGGGAUGGGAUACGAAAUGCGUUGGUGAUCCUCCGACAGGAGAAGAGAGAGCUGAAAGAAGAGUUGAAGACGGCCUCGGAAAAGAUGAAGUCCUUCCUAAACAAGCACAUGUCCCAGCUGGAGGAGGCCUGUCGGUCUAAAGAAGCAGAGAGGGUGGAUUUGGAGCUCCGGCUGACUCAGGUCAAAGAAAAUCUUAAGAAGAGCCUGGCAGGUGGCGCUCUGGGGGCACCAGUGGAGUCUACACCACCAGUUAAGGGGCCCAGUAAAAAAAUCCAGAACAUCUACAGCGAUUCUUUACCGGUGAACUGUGCCUCUGAGAUGCGGAAGAGACCUCCUUCUGUUUACGCCUCCUCUUCUGGAACGGUCAUGCAGAAAGCAAAGGAAUGGGAGUCGAAGAAAGGAACCUAGGAUGGGUUUAAUGGAAAGGACUGCAGAUCUCAGGCGGUGGCUUUUUUUCCCCACCUUCUGAAAGACUGAUUUCAUUUCAAAAGUGCCAUGAUGUUCAAACUGUAAGAAUUAAAUCAGCCAGCAGGUGGUGGUACAAUCUUACUUACUCUUAAGAUUCUUUGGAUCACCCUCUAGAUGCAGCUUUUUUCUAUAUCUUGAGUGGCAACAUUUUAAAUGUAGACAAGAAAAAGGAAGAAAGUAAAGAAAAGACAAAAGAAAAGUGAAAUGAAUAAUGGGCAAGUGUACAGAUGGUUGUUUAUAAAAACUACAGGUUGACAUGUUUGUUUAUGCUGUGUCAGAAAAAAAAAACCUGAGUAAUGUGAUGUGUUGGAGGAUAAAAUGAUGACAGUUUUUACCAUGAC